AUGAUACGGGGCCAGUGCCGACUGAAGCUGGUCAACUAUGAGGCUUCCGAGAACCACAUUUCCCAUGAGACGGAGGGGCUCAGCAGAAAACACCUGGUUGUGCGGCGAGGGAAACCGUUCAAAAUCACUCUGAUGUUUGGUGGCCGGCCGUGGAAUCCUCAUAUCGAGAGCCUGGUCCUGGAGGUUUGGCUAGGGGAUGUGUCAGAGAAAAUCAGAGUCCAGUUCUCCGACGAGUGGUCCGACCCCUUAAGAUGGUCAGCCAAAAUCUACCAAAGCGACAUGCAUCCUCAGUCAGUCAUGGUCCACAUCUGCUCCCCGGUCCUGUCCUCAGUGGCUCUUUAUGAACUCCUUCUCCACAUUGAAACCAGACGGACCAGAAGGAGCUACGUAGUGGGAACAUUUGUCCUGCUCUGCAACCCCUGGCUGAAAGACGACCCGGUGUACAUGCCACUGGGUGUCCAAACACAAGAGUACAUUAAAAGUGACUACGGGAUGCUGUACAUGGGCACUCCUCUCAACAUCAGCAGGCAACCCUGGUCGUUCGGUCAGUAUGAGCCUGGGGUCCUGGAGGCAUGUCUGCGGCUCCUACAGGUCAGCCCACAGCACCUGAGGGACAAAAACAAAGACUACGCUCUGCGAGCAGACCCUGUGUACCUCAGCAGGACGCUCUGCGCUAUGGUAAACUGUAAUGACGACCUGGGGAUUUUGAUGGGGAAGUGGCAGGGCAGCUAUAAAGAUGGCGUCAAGCCUACAGAGUGGAGCAGCAGCGCUGACAUCCUUCACCACUGGUUCAGAUCCAGCUGCAGGCCUGUGCGCUACGGACAGUGCUGGGUUUUUGCUUCUGUCCUCUGCACAGUGAUGAGAGUGCUGGGGAUUCCCUCCAGGGUGGUGACAGUUUUUAACGCAGCCCAUGACGGUGAUGGCAGCUUGUCAGUCGAAGAAUAUUACACGAGCACAGGCGAAAAGCUUAACCUGUCAAAGGACAGCAUUUGGAACUUCCAUGUGUGGGUGGAGUGCUGGAUGAGGAGACCAGACCUCGGCUCUGGGUUUGACGGCUGGCAGGUGGUGGACCCGACACCCCAGGAGAAGAGUGCAGGGAUAUACUGCUGUGGCCCUUGCCCUGUUGUUGCCAUCCAGCAACAUUGCCUGGGCGCCCUCUACGACUCCGGCUUUAUCAGUGCUUCAGUUGAUGCUGACAUCAUACGUCUGAUUGUGAGUGAUGGACUGGUGGUGGAGAGGACGGUGGACACUGAGGCAGUGGGACAGCUGAUCUACACCAAGAGCAUCGGCUCAGACCGACCAGAGAAUCUGACACCUGCUUAUAAGGGCAAGAAAACGCGGCAAAAUGCCACAGUGAUGGGUUACCAGGUGUCGCUGAAGAGCACGCGGGGUGCUAUCGACGUCUUCCUCUGUCCAGAAGACAGCUCCGGCGUCUGCAGCCCAGUGACAGAUGGUAGUCCCUCCAAACCCAAUGCUGACUCUCCUCUUGUCCCGCCUCCUGCACAACCCACAGACCAAUCACAAGCCAGAGCAUCCACAAACACCCUGGAUGUGGGUUUAUCAUCACCAGCAUCCACGUCGUCCACGGUGACGGCAGCCUCCCAGCAGGACCCGUCGUCUCUGGUGUUAGGAGGGGACACAGAAUCCCUCCUUGGAGGCGACCCGUUCUCCGGCCUCGCAGACAUGCCCGAUUUUAACUUUUCACCCCUCUCCUCCUCGGACUUCCUGAACGGCGAGGGCUUUCCCCUCCCGCUGGACGGCUUCAUCAACCUAUCCCCCCCUCACAGUCAUGAUUACCACUUUGGACUAGAGGACAAUGAAGGCAUCAGUGAACUGUUUGACUGUGACUUUGGAGACCUUUCGCAAGUUCUGGGCGACAGUUAAAGAAGAAGAAGAAGAAGGAGGUUCAGCUUUUAGGACUUUCUUCUUUCUGUUGGGGCUUCUCAAGGAGUGCAGGAAUUUCAGGACAAAUCUUUGUCAAAAUCUCAGCCUUCAUAUUCUAAGCGUGGGUUGUGGGAGAACGUGUAGUUAUUACCUUGGUGAACCCGACAACAACCACCCAAAUCUCAAACUGGCCCCAAAUUGUACAGCACACUAUUAGCACUUCUUUUGGCCAUUGCAACAUUUUAGACCAAGAAUUGAGCUCUAGUAUAGCUAUUUAAAUUAUUUAUACGAAUGCUAUUUUGAUAUUUUGUACCAAGUGAGCUUUUUUUGUUAUAAUUGAUGAUGUUAUAUCCGAGUGGAGAGCGCAGGUAGGUAGGUGUGUGUGUGUAUAUAUGUGUGUGUGUGUGUGUGUGGAGUAUGGAUUCAUAGGGCUGGUUUUUCCUUAACACUGAUUGGCUCAAAUCUAACUACUUAUACUCCUCGUCUCAGCGGCCAUGUUGUGUUCUGUAAGGUUGCAUUUUUCGGCAAAGUCAGAGAGUUUGCACCCAACAGAAGCUGCCUCUAUGGAACCAGUAUCACAGGAAGUGCAGGUUCAGUGAUGGGCCGUCCAGAAGUGUCUUGGUGCAGUUUCAAAUAUAUAUUUUUCACAACUAUAGAGAUGAUCAUAAGCACAAAGGUAAAAGCUUCAUGAUAAUCAGAUUUGUCAAACACACUGGAAUCCUUUAAGACUGGAGUGAAAUUCGAGAUUUUAUUGCCCAAUCGAACGACUCGAUUUGCACAUGUUCCACGGCGGAUUAUUAAAUGUACAUAAAGACAGAGAGACUGUGUAUAAGAAGUGGACAUAGCCACCUUAAUCAUCACCCAUUUGUGUGGAACUACCUUUUAAAAAAGACGAAAGUUUACAUCUUUGGUGUCACCGUUUUCUUUCUUUUGAGCUGGUGAAGAUGGAGGCGUUAGCAAACAUUUAGCUACCAGCUACUGCUAGCUUAGUUAGCAAGCUGCAGCCACACCUAACUGAAAGCUCAUUCGUCUUCACUUAAAACAGGAUUCAAACAAAAUGUAAAGACAGAAACGUUACUUCCUUGUCCUCAAAGUGUAACAACAAAGUCACAUUCUGGUUGCCGUGGUUUCAACUUGUCAAUCACAAGUUCACAUGCACCAAAGCAUACAGCGCUUUACAGCUGGAUUACUGUUCAUUUACAACCACAAAAUCCAUCUUUCUGAUUAAUGUGGCUUAACAUGGAAACUUGUUUUGCACAAAUGUAAACAAACUCUACAAGCUAAGAUAUUGUUGACUUGUGACAGUUUACAGCCGUUUACGAUUGCAAUACAUUAGGUUCAUCAAAUACAGUUUGUAAGUUCAACUAACUUAUAUUUAAAAAAAAAAUUGAAAUUAGAUCUAAAUAAUUCUAAUUUGUAUAUAAUGCUUGACUGAAAUGAUUUUAAAAUGUACUUAAGAAAAAAAACUAAGUACCUCCCAGUAGUUUUCCAAAGUACCCAGAGGAGGUACUUUGACCUCAAAUUGAAAAAUGCUCUUAUAUAUCACCGUAAAUUGAACUUUUAUUUUCAAAUUUGAACACCACGCUGUGUUUAAAAAACGAUUUGAAAAUUGCCACAAACUUAUCAGGAAGAAGUUUACUGAAGCUGGUGGAAGUGAGCUCCUUUUUUUUUUUUUUUUUUUAUAGAUUUUAAAACAUGCUAAUUUCUUGGAUCUGCCCCCUGCUGGUUAUAGGAAAGAAUGCAGCUGUAAAGACCUUCCACAUUCAAACAUACUGUAUAUGUCCACUUCUUAUUAACAGUCUAUUCAAAUAGAUUAAGGUGCAUUUCAUAAUGUCCCUCCAAACCCUGCUGAGCAACAGAUGAAUCAACACGGGCAAGAAGCUGAGAUGCCUUUAGGGAGCUUUGCCCUCAUAGUUCUUCAAAUAAAAGUUAAGAUGGGUUAGAGAGAACUUCACAAUGGUCUUUAGUUGUUAUUAUGUCUUGUGCCGCUGGAUGUUUCCAAAGCCAUCUUAGGGACGGCAGAGUGUCCACAGGGAGACGAAUAAUGUAGAUUUGAAGGCUCAAGAUAUGUUCGUUAUUGUGUUGGAAACAAGUUGAUAAUAAUCCGCUGCAGUUCUGCUAGCAGGUUUAAAAAAUUAAUGCUGUCUAUUAGUGACCUAAGCCUUAGACUCAGGUGUUCAGAGAAAAGUCUUACAUACAUGUUUGUUGAUGCAGCGUGCGAGAGUUCCAGUGUUAGAGAUGCAGUGUGUGGGUUGUGUGUAGGUUGAUUUUAGUUUUAGACAUGUUUUUAACUGUCCUGCAACUUUCCUCUGCCGAGGGUUCAGAGCUGAAAAGUUUCACCAGAUGCCUGUAAAUCGUUGUCCCCUGACUGACUGUUUUUGUCAUGCUAAGGAGCUCCCAGCAGGUCCUCACUCACAGAUACACUUCAGCAGAUCUUCAGAUUCAAAGCUCAGCUGCAUCCUUUCAUUCAUCAAAUCAGCGCAGAGCUUGUUCAUCUCUCUCCUCGUUCUGCUAUAUGCACUUCAUAUGAGUUCAGAAAGUUAAUGUUCAUGCCUUAAAUCAAUGACCUCUACUGUGUGCAGAGGAGGUACCUGGAUUGUUUUAUUGUGGCCCCUAUAGAGGAUCAAUCCCUCCCUUUCUUAACACCCUUCUACGUGGCUAAUUGAUUUUCAUUUGAAGUAACAGUCAUCAUGUACUGGGUGUGUGAGGGAGCAAAGUGUCCUGCAAUGUGUUGUGUGUUUAAUGUUAUAUUUACAUACAUCUGCGUCAAAUCUUUUCAUUUCUUGUUCUAAAUUAAGUAAGCUAACUUUUUCUCCUUUUUUUGCAUUCCUGAAGUUUGUGAUGUGUGUACGGGUGCAUGUAUGACAAAUACAAUGUUUUUUUGUUGUUGAAUUUUCUAUUUAUUCAAAAAGAGGGGGUUUAAUGGGGAAUGGUACAGUUUGUUGUUUUUUCUCAUUGAUUUUUUUUCUGGCAGGAAGCGAUUAUCACUCUUUCUUCCCGACUGAUUAAUGUGUCAUUCAAUGGAGGGGAUGUGUCUAUAAUUAGCUUCUCAUUACUAGCACCUUCACGUCUUAAUCCUCCACUUUAAUGACCCUUCCCCUGUUCUUCCUUCUGAGCAUGUGCAACCUUUGCAUUGGCUAAUAGUGCAAAAAAUAAAAACAAUUGGAAAAAAACUUCAUAAAUACAGAUGUCUUAGUGAUGGCAGACAUCUCGAUGUUGCAGGCAACAUUGCUUAUCUGAGGCUGCACAUGUGUUCUCGUGGGUCACCCCUGGGUGCCUCAGACUGUCCUGUAUGUGUAAAUUAUUCAAACUACUUUCAAGUGAUUGUUUCAGUUCCUCGAAUCUAGCCUGAAAUCUCGUCCGUAUCUGAAAAGUUUUUAACUGACAGCAACUCAACAUGUUCAGCUUCUUUUGUUAGUAAGAAGAUGGCUGUACCAUACUUUUGUUACCCUUUAUAAUGUGUCUUAUAAUCCAUCUAUCCCAGCCUCUUUAUUUUUAAUUUUUUUCGUUUGCAGAGUGUGAGCAUGUGUGUGUUGAUUUUUGGUUCUCUGCAGAACAAAUGCAGUGCCUUGUUCAAGUGAAAUGUUGGAUAAUUCAUUCAAAUCAGGAAGUCGUUUGAUGUCAGGUCACGGUGAACGAAUGCAAUGUUUUCAGGGUUUGUGUGGUUUUUUUGUUUGAAUAAAGAAGAAGUAACUUUCACACCAGGGUUGAAAUCAAAUCACCUUCAGUCAAAAUGCACAAAAAAAGAACAUUACACUUCUGAAAGGUUUCCAAAUUGAGACAAAGGUGUCUCAUGAUCUAUUGAAGAAAAACAAAAUGUUUACAAGCGUUAUCUCGUGGCAGGACUUCCUGGUUUGGUAGGACUCCCUGGUUUAACAGGUCGAAGGUGAAUUGACUCCAGCCCUGACUGAGUUUCUUUUCAAAGUGCUUUUAAGAAACACAUAACAAUCAUUCACUCUUAACUCUGUUAUUUUACAAAAUGUUAUUUUUGUUGUUACAUACUGGCAAAAAAAAGAAGCAGGUUUUGUACUUAUGAACUCUUAAUUGGCCCAACUCUGGCCUUUUGUAUCGGAUUUCUUCAACAAAAAUAAAAAGGGAUUGUUUUGAUUUGA